AUGUCAAGACGAAGUAGCCGUUUACAAGCUAAACAGCAGCCCCAGCCCAGCCAGACGGAUUCCCCCCAAGAAGCCCAGAUAAUCCAGGCCAAGAAGAGGAAAACAGCCCAGGAUGUCAAAAAAAGAAAAGAGGAGGUCACCAAGAAACAUCAGUAUGAAAUUAGGAAUUGUUGGCCACCUGUAUUAUCUGGGGGAAUCAGUCCAUGCAUUAUCAUUGAAACACCUCACAAAGAAAUAGGAACAAGUGAUUUCUCCAGAUUUACAAAUUAUAGAUUUAAAAACCUUUUUAUUAAUCCUUCACCUCUGCCUGAUUUAAGCUGGGGAUGUUCAAAGGAGGUUUGGCUAAACAUGUUAAAAAAGGAGAGCAGAUAUAUUCAUGACAAGCAUUUUGAAGUUCUGCAUUCUGACUUGGAACCACAGAUGAGGUCAAUACUUCUAGACUGGCUUUUAGAGGUAUGUGAAGUAUACACACUUCACAGGGAAACAUUUUAUCUUGCCCAAGACUUUUUUGAUAGAUUUAUGUUGACACAAAAGGAUAUAAAUAAAAAUAUGCUUCAACUCAUUGGAAUUACCUCAUUAUUCAUUGCUUCUAAACUUGAGGAAAUCUACGCUCCUAAACUCCAAGAGUUUGCAUACGUCACUGAUGGUGCUUGCAGUGAAGAGGAUAUCUUAAGGAUGGAACUCAUGAUACUAAAGGCUUUAAAAUGGGAACUUUGUCCUGUAACAAUCAUCUCCUGGCUAAAUCUCUUUCUCCAAGUUGAUGCUCUUAAAGAUGCUCCUAAAGUCCUUCUACCUCAGUAUUCUCAGGAAACAUUCAUUCAAAUAGCUCAGCUUUUAGAUCUGUGUGUUCUAGCCAUUGAUUCAUUAGAGUUCCAGUACAGAAUAUUGGCUGCUGCUGCCUUGUGCCAUUUUACUUCCAUUGAAGUGGUUAAGAAAGCCUCAGGUUUGGAGUGGGACAACAUUUCAGAUUGUGUAGAUUGGAUGGUGCCUUUUGUCACUAUAGUAAAAAGUACUAGUCCAGUGAAGCUGAAGACUUUUAAGAAGAUUCCUAUGGAAGACAGACAUAAUAUCCAGACACAUACAAAUUAUUUGGCUAUGCUGGAUGAAGUAUAUUACAUAAACACCUUCAGAAAAGGGGGACAGUUGUCACCAGUGUGCAAUGGAGGCAUUAUGACACCACCGAAGAGCACUGAAAAACCACCAGGAAAACACUAA